AUGGCCAGGCCCAACGUUCUCGUCAUUCUCACGUCCGUCGAUAAGGUCCCCAAGUCGGGCAAGCAGAUCGGCUGGUAUCUACCUGAGCUCGCCCACCCAUGGCACGUUCUGAACUCCAAGGUCGACCUCACUUACGCCUCCCCCAAGGGCGGUGAGGCACCUAUCGACCCCACCUCGGUCGAGUACUUCAAGGAAGAUCCCGUCUGCAAGGACUUUUACGAGAACCAAUCGGACGUCUGGAAGAACACCCUCAAACUAUCUGACCUUGCCGGCCGCGCCUCCGACUUCGACGCUGUCUUCUACCCCGGUGGCCACGGCCCCAUGUUCGAUCUCGCCUUUGACGAGAACUCGCUAGCCCUGUUGCGCGACUUCCACGCCCAGGACAAAGUCAUCUCUGCCGUAUGCCACGGUCCAGCGGCAUUUAUCAAUGCCAAGACCGCAGACGGCAAGCUGAUUCUUGAGAAUAAGCUGGUGACGGGCCUUGACAAUGUUGCCGAGGAAAUAACUCAAUUCACUGGGGAGCUGGACUUUAGUCUCGAGGAUAAGCUCAACGAGGUUAGUGGCGGUAACUAUGUUAAGUCAACCGAGGGCCCGUUUGGGGAGAAAGUUAUUGUUGAUGGAAAGCUCAUCACGGGCCAGAACCCAGCGUCGUCCUAUGGUGUGGCCAAUGCCAUUAUCCAGGCCCUGGGUAUCUGA